UAAAUCAUUAAAAACAGCUUGAAGUACAGCGUAGUGGGUUAGCAGUAUUAUCGUAUAUUCUAACAUAAUGAAGACACCACUGAGCAUUGAAUUCUGAAAUUCAUUUCACAAAGAAAGCGUUUUUGUAUUCUUAACUGCUCAAACAAGGAUAUGGAAAUCGUAAAUCAAUGAGAAAUAAGACAAAUUCAUGUUAUCAAGCUAAAUAUUCUAACCAAAUCGAGUUAAUCAGUUAUUAUUCAAGCGAAUUUAUUAAAAACUGGAAUGCCAGUGUCUAUGUUUUCCAUGUAAUGUUCUAAUUUAUAAAUUAAGUUUAACAGACUCAUGUGAAAACAACAGGUUUCGAAAAUCAAUUAUACAUGUGUUUUUGUACGAACUGGUUUUCGAUACAAAUUAGUGUUGAAUGUCUGCAUCUGUCAUUUGCGUUUUUCAUAAAUUAGGGAGACAGUAAUUGUUCUGUAUAGACUUGGACUACUGAUACGCACUUUCGUAAUUUCAGAUUUCUUUUAAAAAUCCCUUUAAUUUGAAUUUGUCUCGAUGUCUCAUUCUGCUACAGUUUGAUAGGUGUUGUUAGUGUCACUCACGAUUUUUAUUAAAUGAAGUAUGAAAUAUGCCACUUUUGACUCAUAGCAACAAUCCUCAGAGGUUGCGCUGCAUAAUCCAUAAUGCUUAGAUUAUGAUUUUUCUUUAUCUGUUGUACAUAUCACGUUCAUUACAUUCAACCCUUAUAAAAAGUAUCCAUUGUUUAAAGUGCUUUGAACAUUACUCUCUUUGAAGAAGUAAAAACAUUUUCUUUACGUCUUUCUCUGUCGACUACAGGCUUUGAUUUGAGGAAACGACUUGUAUUUCAUUCAUUGACGUCUUUUUCCCACCGUUCAUACAAUGAUGAAUUAUCAUUGGUUGAUUGGAUUACAGUUUUGCGCCCUACUAUUCUUCAAAACUUUUUGUGAAGGAUCAGCUUUGACACAACAUUGGUCGUACUCAAAUCCAAAGGAUGGGCCACAAAAAUGGUCUGAAAUUUAUAAAGCCAUGUGUUCAGGGACUUAUCAGUCUCCUAUUGAUCUGUCAACGAGGUCGUCUGUAUUCAAUCCAGACAUGAAAAAAAUACAGAUUUACCGAACCGCAUCGACAACUGUGGGAAACAAAAUUAGUAACACUGGUCAUUCAGUCAUGAUUGAAUUUCCAGAAGAUACAUGGUUUGUAUCAUUCGAUGGUUCAUUGGACAAAAAAUAUCAAGUUGUACAAAUGCAUUUUCAUUGGGGCAAAACUGAUGAACGUGGCGGUGAACACACAGUUGACGGGAAAACAUUUCCAUUAGAAGGACAUAUAGUUAUCUUUAGAAAAGAAAUGUAUGCAGCUGCCGCAGAUGCAAUUGGACGACCAGGUGGACUUGCUGUACUUGGAGUAUUGCACAAAAUUGUCGACUCUGCGAAAUUCGAAGAAACAAUAUUUAGUGUAUACCAAAACUUUUCUGGUAAACUUACACCAGAUUUGGCACCAGCAAAUUCUCAACAGAUUGAUGAAUUUGAUCUAUCAAAAGUGACAACAUUUCUAAACCCCAGUCGGUAUUUUCGUUAUUUGGGUUCAUUGACAACUCCACCAUGUACAGAGAAUGUCGUUUGGACAGUAUUUACCGACCCAGUUCCAGUGACGCGUAAACAACUGGAUCAAUUCCGCAGUUUACCCUUUCCAGUAAAUGAGAUGCACAACAAUAUGUACGAUAAUUUUCGACCUGUACAACCAUUAAAUCCUGAAGGUCAACUUGUACCACGCGUUGUUUAUCGGGCAGCAGCAUCAAGUAUUCCAUUACAAUCAUUAUCAACAAUUUUGUCUAUCAGUGUGAUUAGUCAGUUGGCUUUGAGACUUCAUUAAACUUGAUUCCAUGAUUUUUGUGGGAUUUACGAGUAAUAUGUAAAUCAAAAAUAAACACUGUUGAAAAUGUGCAUCAACAACACUUAUGUCUUUCACUUUAUUUAUAUAGAAAUAAAACUUUCUCAGCUCUCACUAACUCUGUUCAUAAAUUUAUUUAGUAUAGUGGUCCCUACAAAUCCCCAUGAUCAAAGGGAAAUGAAUAUUUGAAAGAUUUGAUCUACCUAAAGUGUUAUUUGUUCAAAAUACUUUAGGCAUUUCACAUGUUUCAAAUACGUAUUUCUCUUUGGUCGUUAUGAUUUGUAGGGACCACUUUAUUAUUAUUAUAUUAUUAUUAGUCCCUUGGGUUCCUAGUGGAACAUAGGGCUUGAGUAGCACGCCUCCAGUGACCUCUGUUCUCUGAGAUCUUUUGAACCUGGUUCCACGACAGCCCACAAGCUCUCAUUUCCUGCUCGCACGACCUCCUCCAUGUCACCCUUGGACGUCCAACUCGUCGCUUCCCAUGGAAUCCCCAUGGGAAGCGACGAGUUGGACCACUUUACUGAACAAAUUUAUGCGCAGGGUUAGUGAGAGCUGAGAAAGUUUUAUUUCUAUAUAAAUAAAGUGAAAGACAUGUGUUGUUGAUUCAUAUUUUCAAAAGUGUUUAUUUUUGCUCUACAUAUUACUCGUAAAUUACAUACUAUUUUCCACCACAAUUUUGGCAAUAAAAGCUUGUAAUUGAAAUUAUUGUAAUGCAUAUACUUAUAAAAUUGAAAUACAUAGUGAUUUAAACCAA